AUGUUGUUGAAAGAAAUUUUCAAGUCGAUUUUUGGAGAAUCAACAACAGAUAGUGAUUCUAAUUACCCUCCAGUGGGUUUUGCUUCUUCUUCUUCUUCGUCAUAUACUCACAAAUACAGCUACGAUGUCUUCCCAAGCUUCUCCGGUCAAGAUGUCCGCAGAACAUUCCUCAGCCACUUUCUUGAAAGGGAAUCAAGGAUUGCUGUCGUGAUCCUAUCUAAGAACUACGCUUCUUCGAGCUGGUGUUUAAACGAGUUGCAGCUGAUUAUGGAGUCACUGGAGUGCAAGGAUUCUUUGAGACAAACUGUGAUGACAAUCUUCUACGAGGUGGAGCCGUCUGAUGUGAGAAAGCAAACUGGAGAAUUUGGAAGGGCCUUUAAAGACUUGUUAUGGGAAGACAGAGGAAGUGAAACAGAGAUGGAGACGAGCUUUGACUCAAGUCGCGGUUAUUGCCGGAGAACAUUCUGUUUCAUGGUACUGUUCCAAAACUUCCAUAACAUUUUGUCGAUAUGUAGUACUGUUCUAACUUCAUAUGUAACUUAUCUUUUGUGGGGCUAG